AUGCUGCCCCCACCCCUGCCAUCAUCACCCACCCCGACCCGCCGGCCUCCAGCUGGCCCCCGGGACACGCAGACCCGAGCCGUACGGGGAGCCCACAGACAGGGACAGGCACGGUGCUGCCCAGAAGCGCCUGAGCGCGGCCCACGCCUCGAUGCCCGGGACCGGGCGGGCGGCGGUCAGCUGGCUGCUGGCAAGUGCGCCCGGCUGGCGCCUGCGCAGACACAGGCUUGGGGGGAGGGCCGGGCCGGAAACAGUCACGUGCCAGUGGCCUCACCAGAAUGCUCUCGGGGACAUAGGAGCCCGACAGUGACGUCACGCGUCGGGGGGCGCAGCGUCCGGAACCAGCCUCCAUCUCCUCGGGGUCAGCGUCGACCGGAUCCAGGCUCUGCCGGCUCGGUGGGAACCAGCUCCGCGGGGUCUGUCUGCGCAGGCGCCCUGGCCAUCCCCGACAGCCUUGCGCGCCGAGGGGCCGGGCUUCGCGAGGCCUGCCAGGGGUCUCAGCGGUCGGCCGACAGUGGGCGCAGCGUAGCGGUGGGCUCUGAGGAGGCCGGUGCGGCGGCCACGAGGGCCCCGGACGACGAAGCGGCCUCUCCGGCCCCGGACGACGGCGCGGAGGAAGUGGCGGUCACGCAGGCCCCUGACGAUGACGGCGCGGACGGCGCGGCGGUCACGCGGGCUCCCGAGGGUGGCGCGGAGGACGCGGGGGCAGGCCCACAGGCCUCCGACGGAGGCACGGACGGCCACGACCCCCAGCUUAGCCCCCGAGGUCCCGGUUGCCAGGGCAACUGCAGCCGCCACGAUGGCGAGGGUGGCCCUGGCAGCAAGGGAGCAGUGGUCGAGGGGGCCUGCGCCCCUCCCCUGGCCGAACGGGCCCCGAGGGCCCUGGCCCCCGGUGGAGACGCAGCGCCGGCGGCGGCGGCGGUGACCUCCUCAGGACUGCUGGAGUUGCUCACUGUGUCUUUCCGGUCGCCCCUGGAGGCAGAGAUGGCCCGCAGGGCCCUGACUACACACGUCCAACGCCACCGAGGGUUGGCUCAGAAGGAGCUUUGCGUGAGGGGCAGCGCCCUGGCCGUGAGAUGGACUACUGAAGACCCCAUCUGCUUCCGAGUUUCCGUCAACUCCUUCCUGGACCGGCUUCCCCUGGUGAUACGAAACAUUCGCGCCUUGGGGUCCCGGCCUCCGCGGCGCCUAGGUCCGGGAAAGGGGGCCGAGGCCUAACCUGGUAGCCCUCACUGGGCAAGGCACGGGGCGUUGACACUUGGCGUCCUCGCCACUUUACUAUCGGGGGUCUAACGUUCUGCAGGUCCGGGCCUCGGUGGCUCUUGGCCCACUUCAGUUCCUUCCCUGCGCCCGGAGGGACGGGCGCUUACGUGUUUGUCACUGCACAACAUGAAACUGAGCUACUC